CCCAACUUCCUCCCUCACGCUUCUAUUCGACUGAGCAACGAUGAAUUGACCAAAACCACAUCCCAAUUUAUUCAAACAUGGCCGACUCUGCCGAUAAACACUGCUAACCCAACGCUUUCGGAAACUCUUGCGCAUCAUGGCUCUUCACCAUAAGCUGGCUUCAUCGCCGGCUUUCCACUCCUUCCUCGGUGCGAACGCUUUCUUCAUCGGCCAUGCAGCAUGGAUCUCGCGGCCUUCUUCUUUCAAAUCUUCACACCACCAGUCCCGACAUUUUGGCGCAGCACAGCAGCUCCGUGAGCAGCAAUUGCAGGAGAACUCACAGUCGCAAAGCCAACCGCCGCCUUCUACAUCUUCGCAAUCGUCAGCUUCGUCAACCAAAAGCUCCAGUUCUGCCUCUUCGUCGGGCAGCUCAAAACGGGAAGAGAAGUCAGCAUUAAAGGAGAAGAAAGCAGGAUGGAGCGCGCAGACAGGCACGGAGAGCAUAACCAAAGACAGUCCGAUGCAAAGUCUGCCUCCCGACUGGGAAGAAAAUGCUGACUACAACAUCAAUAAAUUCUCAGACCUGCCGCACCGCUUUUUCGGCUAUAACCAGCACAUCAAGAUCAACGAGGAUUUCAAAGAAUCCUUAAGACAGGUAUUAUGGCAGUUCAAAGCACCCAUCCGCUACGCUUUUGCCUACGGUUCUGGUGUGUUUGGACAGAAGUCGUCAGGAUCGAGUACGGGUUCUGAAUCUCUGAGCCCGCACCCAAAUCCACCCAAAGCUGUCGAGGACUGGCAGAAAGGUGGAGCAAAGAUAAUCGAUUUCAUUUUCGGCGUCAGUCACACUCAGCACUGGCACAGCUUGAACUUGAUGCAGCACCCAAAGCACUACUCUGCCUUGCGAUAUAUCCCCAACAGCUCUGCAGUGGUCUCCUGGAUGCAAGACAAAUGGGGAGCCGGAAUGUACUACAAUCCCUACAUCACGGUCAACGGCAUUAUGAUCAAGUAUGGUGUCGUCAAUCUGGACACUCUGGCGCGAGAUCUGAGUGAAUGGGACACUCUAUACCUCGCAGGUCGACUUCAGAAGCCAGUCAAAAUUCUUCGAGACGACCCGAGAAUACGGCUCGCAAAUCAGGUCAACCUCAUAUCAGCUCUCCGAACGGCACUGCUAAUGCUUCCGGAGCAGUUCAACGAGCGCCAACUGUAUGAGCGCAUCGCAGGCUUGUCAUACCUGGGCGAUCCCCGAAUGCACUCCUUGAUUGCCUCCGAAGCGCCAAACAAAGUAUCCAAUAUUGUUGGAGCUCAGCUUCCUGGCUUCCGCCAACUUUAUGUUCCGCUCAUUGAGAAUCUGCCAAACGUCGCUUUCACCGAUCCUCGCACACCUAAACAAUACGGAUGGGAGAAGGAAGAUGCUAUCCGACAUACCGAUGGUCUGUCGAUGCAACAAGAUCUCGACGCUACGAAGCGAGGUAACAUGGUGAGACGGCUACCAAAGGAAUUCCGCAAGAAGCUCUACUACCAAUACAAGAGCAAGUUCGGCAUUCCUGGAAGUGCAUUCGACGACAUUUUGAAGCAGACCGAAGACGAGGAUCCCACGGGCUUCAAGCGCCGGGAAGGUGGCGAUUUCGAAAGAAGGAUUGCAGAGCAGGAAGAUUUGCCUGAGGUCAUGUCCAAGUGUAUUCGAUCCACGGUGCAAUGGCCUGCGACGAUGCAAACGAUCAAGGGUGUCUUCACUUCCGGUCUCGUCCGAAGCAUUAAAUACGUCUCAGAGAAGCGCUUAAAAGGCAAGCAGAAGAAGAAGGUAGCCAAAGAGUCUGAAGGAGAGAAGAGCGCCUCAAAUUCGAAAGACGCCGACAAGCCAGCGAAACCGAACAGUGAUGAGAAGAAGUCUCAAGAAUUAGAACAGCCCGAUCCGUUGGAAACCCCCAGGGCGAACAAGAAUGGUUAGCGCUUUUUUUGGCAUGAAUGCAUAGCGAAAAGGAGUUAUGAGGAAACGUGUGGGCAAGGUCUGGGAGGCAUACCAAAAAGCAGUGUCGAAUCAGCCAUAGCCAGGCUGGGAGGGAAGCAAAAUAUAUCAGGUCGAACGCCUUCGUCAAGGUAGAUUCAUUAUUGUAGAUAUUUCCCCAACUGAUUGCGAUCAGAUAGCUGGCAAAAUUCGAAAAGUCAGCAGGCGCUCUUGUUGGAGAGGUCAGCCUCGUUACUCG